AUGGAGCCUCCUACACCAACGAGCACCGGAGCAGCUCAUCUAUCCCCUACAAAAGAUCACAUCGACACAGUUCCUGAUGCAUUUGUGGCUACCAGAACGUUGUUCAAUCGGAUGAAGGACCCUCUCAGCGGGUUGGACGCAACGUAUGAGGAUUUACAGGGACAAAGUAUGCAGGUUGCCCAUCUGGCGGGGGACGUAGGAGCGAAAUCAGAGAUUAUCGAAAUAUGCCAGCAAAUACAGGACCAAGAUCGACGACACAAGGAGGCGGUCGACGAAAUUCAAAAUAUCCUCGACGAUUUGUUCAAGAACCAGGCCAUCGAGGAGAUGAGAAAGCAGGUGGAGGAAGAGCUAGCCGCGCAGAUCGAUGAGGUUGUUAAAGAACAAGUCGCCGCGUGUUUGGAGACACACAUCCCGCCAGAACUUCAAGAUGAGGUGGUGGAGAGCAAUGAGGAGCUUGAGAAAGUCAGGAUGGCGUUGCAUAAUUCAGAAAGCAGGCGCGCAAAUGCAGAUUUGCGGUCAAGCAAACCCGACGCGUUGCUACACACGAUAUAUAUGUCGGAUGGCAAGGUCAGCCCUGCCUUCCCGAACGAUCUCAAAUCUCUAUUUGGCCUAGACGGGGAGACUUGCAAAACCAUCAUGCUUCAUUACGAAUUGCCUAAUCCGACUGAAUCGCGGGACCGGAACCUCAAUAGAAUUAUGCAAUUUUGCGGGGUCAAGUACCAAUUGGUGGAGAGAGACUAUGUUGAAAUUUCCGCGUAA